UAUCUCACGAGCAAGUCGCAUUUAAUAUAACGCAGCAACGGAUGCUGCGCCGCGGCGCGGGUCCUGAUGCGGAUGGCGGGCUUCCGGCCCAGGCGCCCCAGUUGCUCUUUGGCGGUGAUGCAAAACAACCGCCAUGCAGCGGUCAGCUCGUGGCUCUGCAGCAGCGGCGUGUGGCGUUCGAGGCGGCCGGCUUGACGCCGGCCGAGGUCGCGAGCUGCUCCUCGCGGCGCCACGCGCAGUGCCAGCAGUCGCAGCUGAACGCCCUGCGCGCCUCCGCCCGCGCCGGCGUCAGUGGCUACCGCCCGCACCUGCGCGCGGCCGCCACCUCGGCCCUGACCGCCGCCAGCGCAGCCAUCGCCCAGUUCCAGCGCCGCGCAGCGGCGGAGGCAGCCGAGCUUGCGGAGUUUGAGGCAACGGACGCCGCCUCGACAAGCAACACCGCCGCCACAGCCGCCGGCGCCAAUGGAACCGCGACCACGAAUGCAGCGAGUACACUCGAUCCUGCCUCCGAUUCUGGAUUCAGCACCCAAGGCUACAGCUCCUCAGCCACGACCGCCACAGCAUCCACAAACACAUCAGCAACCACAUCCACAUCCACAUCCGCAUCCGCAAACACAUUCCAAUCAACACGCAAAGCCGGUGGCGCCGCGGGUGUGAAGGCGGGGCUGGUGACGUCGCAGGCGCUCAAGCGCGCAGGCCGGCCUCUGGAAGCGCUGGAGCGGGUGUUGGCAGAGCUGCGAGAGGUGCAAUCAGAUCUGGAGGUAAUAUCUCGGGAUUGCGACGCAGCUUCAAAGAGUGCCGAUGAUUCGGAGAGCCAGAUCCGGCAGGUGUUCGCAGGACUUGCCGGGACCCUGCAGCAGCAGCAGCGGCAGAAGCAGAAGCAACAGCAGGAGGAGGACAGGGCGCAGGCGCGGCAGGUGUUGCAGGUGGAACACGCGCGGCGCCAGGCGAUGAUACGUCAGCUGGAAGCGGCAAUAGCCAUGCGUAGCGCGGUCGCGCUGUCAAUCAAGUCGUUGCUGGAGGAGGUGGCGGACCUGGUUUCGAUUUUGGAUCCAUUCCGGGUGGCGGCGCAGCUGUCGAAGCUGGCGGCGGCGGCGGCGGGCGCGGGGAGCGGCGGCGGCGGCGGCGGCGGCGGCGGCGGCGACGUGACUUCUGCCGCGGACGAGCCCUGGCCCGGGCCGGACAGCUGGGUGGGGGACGGCGACGGCUGUCACAUAACCACCAGCUCCAGCAACCCCUUCAGCACCGGCAGUGACGCCAGCGUCACCGCCAUCAGGCUGCAGCGGCGCCGGGCGCUGGUGCUGAUCCGGGCGCUGAGGGCGCAGUGGCGGGACUGGUGGGAGGCCCGGCUGUCUCUGGGGCCGGCCUGCCGCGACGACGCCCUGCUACAGGCCUCAGUCCUGGCGGCGGCGGUGGUGGCGGCGGGGCCGGCGGGGGCGCUGGUGGCGGCAGGGGCGGCUGGCGCGGCGGGCGCGCAUGCAGCAGGCCACUGGGCCCGCCGGCUGGACCCGCUGGAGCAGCGCUGCCUCGUGUGCCUGCUGUCAGACCUGCAGGAGCCAGCGCAGCUGCAGUCGGUGCUGGCCGCCCAACACCGCCUGCGCCAGGCUGCAGCCGCAGCCGCAGCCGCAGCCGCCGCCACAGCCAUCGCCGCCUCAACCUCAGCCGCCGCCGCUGCCGCCACAGCACCCUGCUCGGCAGGCGGCACGGCGGCGGCGCGGCAGGUGGUGGGUCGCAUGCUCGGCGACCCCGCGCUGGUGGCUCUGGCGCGGCUGGUGGCAGGCAUUCGACUGCCCGCCCGCCGCACACCGCACCCGCCGCCCGCCGUGCUUGCCGGCCUGAAGGCGGCCUUCGCCGCGCGAGCCGCCGCCGCUGAGACCCGCGCCGCCGCUGGCGCCGCCGCCGCUGAGACCCGCGCCGCCGCCAAUGGCAAAGCUGGCGGUGACGGCGCAGGCGACGGCGGCGCCGCCGGUGAUGAUGAUGCCGGCGAGGGGGAGGAGCGGCAGCCGCUGCCUGCUGACCUUGCAGCCGACAUGACGCGGCUGCUGCUGGGUGUGCACUGGGCGGCGGCGCAGGCGGCGCUGGGGACCUACUGCGAUGCCGUGACGGCGGCGGGCGCCGGCGGCGGUCUGCCUGCGGGCGGGCCGGCGGCACAGGCGGCGGCGGCAGCGGGGGAGGAAGGGCAGCAGGCGGAGGCGGAGGCGGAUGGCGCGGUGGCGGUGGUGAUGGGAGGGGCGGCGGCACCGGAGGCGGAGAGUGGGGCUGGCGGGGCGGGAGGCGGCGCGAAAGAUGGCGAGGGCGAGGGCAAGGGCAAACGCGAGGGCGCGGGGGCCGGCGCGGGCGUGGGCGAAGGCGGGGGCGGGCAAGAGGGCCUGGUGGCGGCGGUGUGGGUGGCCUACGAUGCCGCGGUGACACGGGAGGCUGCGGCGUGGAAGGCAAGCAGCGCGGCAGCCCAGCAGCAGCUGCUGCAACGGGUGGAGGUGCUGGAGGCGACGGCGCGGCAGCAGCGGCAGGCGGCUGCCGCGGCAGUAGCAGGCGUCACGGCGCCGUCGGCGGCUGCCGCCGGCGCGGCGGUGGCGGCGGACGCGGUGGGGGCGGUGCUGAGCAAGACCUCGGCGUGCUUGAGUGAGUUGGAGGCGCGGGCGAAGCGGCUGGGGCUGCUGGCGUCGCAGGCAACGGCGCGCGCGUUGGCGCUGCUACCGCGGAUGAUGCGCGCUUACUGCGGCGUCGGCAGCAGCAGCAGCAGCAGCAGCAGCCGCAGUAGUAGCAGCAGUAGUAGCAGCGGUGGCGACGUCGGCAGUACCCGCAGAAGCGCUGGCAGCAGCCGUUGGGCGGCAGGGAGCGGUGGCAGUGGCGCCGGCGCCGGAGAGGUAUCUCACCAACAGGAGCAGCAGGAGCGGGAUGCGCCAGUGGACAGACUGUGUGAGUCAGGGGCGCCGGCGGCGGCUUUGGUACUUCGCAGCUGUGAGUGGCCGGGCCGGAGGUCGCGGGAGACACUGGCUCGGGCGCUGCUGCAGGCGGACACCGCACAGGUGCCCACUCCCGCCUUUCUGGUGGAGGGCGGAGAGGCUCUCCGGCAGCUGGCGGCGCACUGGGUGGUUCUGGACGCACUGGGCACGUAUAGGCGGGACUUCAUUUCGCAGCUGCUUACCGAGGGUCCCCUCCACAGCGGCAGUAGCAGCAGCAGCAGCAGCGGUGUUGGUGUUGGUGGCGGCGGUGCGGAUGCGGCGGUGCGGGUCGGGGCUGAGUACAUGCCGGCCGCGACCCUCGCGUGUGUGUCGCACAUGGGUCUUCAGAUGAUGACUGUGAGCCGGUCGGGCGCGCCCGGCGGUGCCGCCAGCACAGCUGCUACAGCCGCCGCCGCCACCACCGGCAAGCGCUGCUUCGAGGCUCGCCUGGUGCCUCUGGCGGCUAGCCCCCGCUCCGGUGGCAGUAGCUCUAGACCGGCGCCUGAGGUGCGCACCGCUGCUACAGCCGAUGCUACAGCCGCACCGGUCGGCAUCGACCACGUGUGGGCACACUUACAGCUGCAGCGGACAGGCGUGGUGGUCCGGCCUGCGCGCGGCGUGCCCUCCAGGGAUUACACGGCAGUGGUGCUGGAGAAGCUGCUGGAGAAGCGCGGCGUGGUGGUGGCGCUGAUGUCAGAUAGGCGCGGCGGCGAUGACGGCAGCGGCACCGACAGUGAUGAUGGCAGGGAUGUGGACUGGCUCACCUACGGCUUCCAAGUACUUACUCAGGUCCGCAGCCAGAUGCGGCGCCGGGGCCGCGACUGCCUUCUGGCGGCGCCUGGCUUCAUAGACCCAGCCACAGCAGCCCUGCGCCUCACCAUCCUGCCACGGCUGAGGCGGGCAAACCAGGACGCGAUGCGGCGCCUGGCCGCCGCCGCCGCCGCCGACGUCGCCCCUGCCGGCGGCGGCGGCGCCGCCGGCGCCGCCGCGGCGGUGGACGCGGCGGCGGCAGCGGUUGUGCUUGAGGGCUGGGCGGCGCAGAUCCAGGCGGCGACUGCGCAAGGCCUUCACGAGAUGCUGGGACUGGUGGGGUCUGUGACGGAGGAGGUGUCGCAGGCUGCGCACGCGCGAGUGCGGCUGGAUGCGCUGGAGGCCUCGCAGCGGCGCUGGCGGCAGGCGGCGCAGGAGGCUGAGCGGGAGGAGCGGCGGGGGAGCCGGAAGGCCAAGGCAACCGGCAAGGCGGCGUCGGCGGCUGUGGCGAGCGUCGAGGUGGCGUGCGGUUUUAUGGAAAGGGACAUGAGGCAGACGGCGGCUGAGCUUGAUGAGUUCCUGCCGGGUCUGUGUGGACGCCAGAAGCCAGAGCGGCAGCUGUGGCGGAGAGUCAGCGGCGCCGGCGGCGGCACCAGCGGCAGCGGCAGCAGCCCGAGCACUGCGCGCGCGGCAGACGGCGUCGGCGGCGGCAGCGGGGGCCGGCGUGUGCCGGCGGGUGGCGCGAGGGAGCGGCAGAGCGACUCGGGUGACGGUUCUGAUUCGGAUAACGAUAAGGAGGAGGAGGACGAAGUGGAGGGCUUGCCGGCGGCGGGAAGGGCGGGCCGUCGGCCGCGAUGGAGCAAGCUUGUGGUGCUACUGGUGGAAUGCGACCCAGCCGACCCGCGUGUGUUGCUGCCGCCGCUGCCGCCGCAGCCGCAGCCGGCAACGGGUUCGGGCUGAGGGCCUGCUCAAUCCGUGGGGCUGCGCGGCUCGGGGGCAUGAGGUUGUGGGGUCGGCGACGUCGACACGCUGAUGUGGGGUAUCCAAUGACCGGAUCGGCCGUGCGGGUGUGGGGAAGGAGUGCUGUAGGUGGUUGGUGCAGUAGGGAUUUGCCCCACGUGACGCUGUGGGGUUCCGGAUGGCGUGUGCACGCGCGGCAGGAUGGGCCUUGCAGUUCCGGUAGCAAGCGGAUACGUGUUACACAAGAGCAGAAGCUGCAGACCAAAAACGCUAUGGCGCAAAACGUGCAUAAUUGCAGGAACGGACGGGUUUGGUUGAGGACGGGAUUUGGGGCAUGGCUCACAACAGCGCGCGACGAGGCCGGUCCUGACACGGACUUGCCCUGUCUUGCGCUAGGCUGCCCAGCGGCUCUUGACGGAGGCUGACGGCAAAUUACUCGAGCCAGCUGUGGGCCGUGACAGUGCGGGCAGUGCCGCACACGUAAGCGGCGACCCUACGGGCCGAGCCACUUGGGCCGCGCACCGGCGGCUGGCACCAGGGCGGCGGUGAAGGGCUGAAGAGCAAAUGCGUACAAGAGCCGAGUAGGGGCGCGGAAGGGGGACUGGGGAGGUGUGGCUGAGGGAGGAGGGUUCUGGGUCGGGCGGCAGCCGCUCAGGGUGCAGGUGGUGCAGCAGCCUUUGGGAGUACGGGUGCAGCCCGUGCGUCAGUACAUGGGCGAUGCACUCGAGGCAUACUACUCACAUGUCCCUCGAGGCUCUGAGAGUCAUUGCCACGACUGUUGAGUCAAGUGCAGGCGGGCGGCGCGGGGGCUAGCAACGGCGUUCUGGAAAUCACAACACAGCAGGGCCAGGCAGGGUGACGACGCAAACGCGGGGCGGAAGACGCCAACACCUGGCUGCUCGAGUUUCCGGAUGCGUGUGAAGUCCGUUUGUGCAAGGACGCGGGCAAACUCAGGAAAGGCCGAGGACAGCUUGGAAAGGCCGUGGGGGUCAGCAGCCAAACCCUAGGUAGGGCUGCUGGCGGGCUACCUCAAGGGCUACCCUCUCCUAGCCUGCACCCUGACCAGUAAGGCCAACGCUCCAGGCUUGACUGCAGCUCCUUCCCGUCUGUGCGUGUGACAAGAUAGGCUGAAGGUUGCAGGGGAAGGCACGCGAUAAUGGCCAUGCGGGGGAGAAACGCAACAUCCCGGACAUGACAGGGUCAAGGCCCGUGCAACUCCGUCACGCCCC